GAGGGGUUAAACAAGCAAGCGGCCGCUCGCUAGAUGCACUAGAUUCGGCUGUUCACUGCGGCUGUUCCUUUUAUCGGUUUACGAGUGGAACAGAAUCGGCGUAUUUGUACCAUAUUCAGGACGAACGCAUCUUUUGAAUGUUUUCGAAGUUGUUAAGUGUACUCUAAGUUGUGUUAGGUGGUUCUAUUGGAUACGCUCACAAAUGACUUGUGACAAUCGGCCUAAAGCUCAUAAGUGACAGCGAAAGCAGGUUUUCAAAGUAGAAGAUGAUUGCGUACCGAACGAUUCUAGGGAGGAACCUAAUCAAUGAUAUUCAUGGUGGUUUCCGGCAGGUUGCCACCAUCGGCUUUAUCGGAUUAGGAAAUAUGGGAUCUGGCAUGGCCUCAAAUCUUCUCCAAAAGGGUCGACAGGUAAUAGCCUACGAUAUAGUAAUUGAUGCAUUGAGUACUCUAAAGGGCCAGGGGGCCCGAGCUGCGGCCAAUCUUCGAGAGGUUGCAGAGCAGUGUGACAAGAUCGUAACGAUGCUUCCUACAAACGCACACGUCGAAGAGGUUUUAACCGGACCGGAUGGUCUGAUCAGCUCAGCGAAGAAGGGUACACUUCUCAUUGACUGCAGUACAGUAGAUCCCGAUCUUUCACUUCGGAUGUCAAACCAUGCCGCUAAGUACCAGCUCAAAUUCGUAGAUGCCCCUGUCUCCGGAGGUGUUAAUGCGGCACGAGCAGGAACACUGACCUUCAUGAUGGGGGGUGCCAAGGAAGACAUCGACCAGGCGGAAGAGGUUCUCCUGCAGAUGGGGAAAACAGCAAUUCAUUGUGGUCCAGUGGGUUGCGGUGGAGCUGCUAAGAUCUGCAAUAAUAUGAUGCUUGCUAUUUCCAUGGUCGGGCAUUCGGAAACAAUGAACCUCGGUAUAAAGUUGGGUUUGGAUCCAACGGUUUUGAAUAAAAUCCUGAAUGUGAGCUCUGGAAAAACGUGGGUGAGUGACUUGUACAGCCCUGUGCCUGGAGUAAUGGCCAAUGUGCCAUCUUCGAAUGACUAUAAAGGCGGUUUUGGAUCAGCCCUGAUGCUAAAAGAUUUAAGUUUGGCUCAGGGGGCUGCGACGCGUACGGAGGCGCCCACACCUUUAGGCGGAUUGGCUCUGCAAUUGUACCGGAUGCUUUGUUCGCAGGGCCAUGGAGGAAAAGAUUUUGGAUACAUCUUUCAGCUGAUUAGUGCCGCUAAUAAGAACGAUUAAUACUGCGGAUUACCGAUCGGAUAUGAACAAGUGGUGUCACUAAAAUCAAGGGGAUCUAUGGGAAAACACUAAAGCGCUAAGUUUUUAAUAGAAUUCUUUUUUCAAUACAAUUUUUUGUGUACUUAAAUGUAUUUCAGCUGUGAGGAUACACAGUUUGAAAUAGAAGCCACAACUUGUGCGCGUAUAUAUCCGAGGAGUAUGGUUAAAUUAACUAAAUAUUUACAACAAGGAUGACCUGUGUUCGAUUGGUGAGUCAUCCAAUAUCAGAUAUGAGAUAUGACUGUACGCAUACGCAAGUGAGUUCGAUAGAUGGCUCUACUAAUAAUGAAUUAGCGUUUCAUAUUAAAUGAUUCAGUAUUAUCCGUAUGCAAAUCGAGAUUUUGUCGCAGCGUUUUGUUUUAAGUAGGAAAGAAGUAAUAAAGAAAACGGAAUUUGUAUAGCAGGAUACGAUGCACGGUAAGUGAAAGUUACGCUUUUGGUUGUUGCUAAAAGCGACUGUAUUGUUUUAAAUAAUGGCCGUUUCUAUAUACUAGCUCUCGCUUUAGGAUGAGAUAAAGCCGAGGUACAUGAUGUUAUUUUAAUCAAUAAAGUUACAAGUGCCAAAGAAAGCUUCCCUGUUUUUGCAAACACUGAAACCGAAUACAAAUGAAGUUCAGCAAUAGAGUAUGACCAGACCAUCGUAUUUGACCAUUUAUGAGGCACUUGGUGAGGAAUAUGAAUUAAAUGCUGAGAUUUGCGUCUAACAGUGAUUUACUUAUUAUCAAUUAAUUAUUCUACUUAGAAAUGACUGCGUUCGAACAAACAAGUGGGCUGAAAUUGAUCUAUGUUGUGGUGGCGAAG